AAACCGUCACGUACAAAGUCCUACCUUCUGUUGAGCAUAAGGAAUUUAAAGCCAUGGCCAACUACGUAGGUUUUGCUAAUUUACCAAAUCAAGUCCAUAGAAAAUCCGUCAAGAAAGGGUUUGAGUUCACUUUGAUGGUUGUGGGUGAAUCAGGGCUGGGGAAGUCAACACUCGUCAACAGUUUGUUUUUAACAGACCUUUAUGCUGACAGGAAACUACCCAAAGCUGCUGAUUGUGUAAAAAGAACAGUGAAGAUUGAGACGUCAACCGUUGAAAUCGAAGAAAGAGGGGUGAAGUUACGUCUGACUGUUGUAGACACUCCUGGAUAUGGGGAUGGCAUGGACAAUAAAGACAGUUUCAAACCCAUUCUGGAUUAUGUUAAAGAACAGUUUGAAAGUUACCUUAAAGAUGAAUCAGGACUGAAUCGCCGGCACAUUGUGGACACAAGAGUACACUGCUGUUUUUACUUUAUAGCUCCAACAGGACAUGGACUCAAGCCUCUUGAUAUUGAGUUCAUGAAGCAGCUUCAUGACAAAGUUAACAUUGUUCCUGUUAUUGGAAAGGCUGACACUCUCACUCCAGCUGAACUGAACAGCAUGAAACGAAGGGUUUUAGAUGAAAUUGAGGAACAAGGUAUCACAAUUUAUGAGCUCCCAGACUGUGAAAGUGAUGAAGAUGAAGAAUACGUAGAGCAAACAAAACAACUUAAGGCUAGCAUGCCAUUUGCUGUGGUAGGAAGUAAUACUUUGAUAGAGGUGUGUGGCAAGAAGGUUCGAGGACGGCUUUACCCUUGGGGAGUGGUUGAAGUUGAAAACCCAAAGCACUGUGACUUUGUGAAGUUACGCACUAUGCUUGUAACUCACAUGCAGGACCUCAAGGAAGUGACACAGGAAAGUCAUUAUGAGAACUUCCGAGCAGCUCAGUUGUCAGGUGAAACUGAGCUCUCAAAUGGGAAUGUUGAAGAUGCUCCAAGGAAUGGCAAAAGAGCUCGUAACAUCACAAGUGCCAUGAUGGAGAAAGACCGUGCUUUGAUGGAGAAAGAGGAGGAGCUUCGGCGAAUGCAAGAGAUGAUUGCAAAGAUGCAGCAACAGAUGAAAAGUCAGAGCUAGUGGGCCAAAAUGAUUCAGCACAAUUGUGGAAUGACUUCCCAGUGAUCAACUUUAUUGAGCAGAAACAAGAAAGUAAUUGUAUGGUAGUCUCAUGGUGACUUCUUUUGGAUAAGAUGGGGCUAGCUAUAAUCUAGCUAUUUGACAAUUGCAACAUGGACAAAGAAACAAAUUAGGUUACAUUGUUGGGAAUUAUUUAAUGCUACUAGUUAAGAUGUUUUUACUAAAUUCAUAGAAUGAAGAUACUGUAACUUUUAGCCCCCUUUUCUAAAGUGCAAUAUUAAAAUCUGAUAUUUUUACUGAAAUAUUCAUUGUUACCACUGUUUUUUUUUAUGCAUAAUAUUCCUUUUUUAAUUGUUAUCAUUUUCAAACAGUGGGAAGCAUUUAUACUGUCAUAUUUUAUUGAUAAAUUUCUAUCACUGCAUAUGUGAUGUUUUUAUUUUACUGAUUUCUUUUGAAGUAGAAUUUUAUGAAGGGUUUCAUUGAAUUUUUAUUUUAACACAAUAUGUCUGCCGGAGAAGCACAGGAGAGUUCCAUUACUAAUUUUAUUUGUUAUUUUUGCAAUUUUUAUGGAGUAUUCCAUGGUAGAUAGUAUUAUUAAAUAGCUGUUAACUUUUACACAAGCCUAAUGAAAAACUGAUGUAUUAAAAAUUUCUAGUAAUAUAUUUAUUAGCGGUUUAAAGUGUAUCGUUAGAUGUAGUUCUUUAUGGCAAUGGUUCAUGCUUAAAAAAAAUAUUUUAUCAAGUGAAAGUUGAAGUACUUUAGUGCUUGUUUAUAAUAUUGAAGCCCGAUUUCUAACAAUUUUUACGUAGAUAGCGUAAGU